AUAAUGUUACGUGUGUAUUAAUUGUCGGGUAUGUUCGUGGUGGAACUACAAUGAUAUUGGAUACAUUGGCGGAAACUAGUAGUAAUUUCUAUUUAUUCGAACCAAUACGGUCCCUAACAGAAAGCUCAUAUGCAAAAAUACCAAUUACUUUCUAUAACGGAACCGUAAGAAAUAUUUCUAAAGACGAAAAUCUACCUGGUAUACAAACCGAAAUGUUAAAUCAUUGGUUUAACUGUGAUUUUACAAAGAUAAACAUUGGUGAUCUGCAAAAUAAACAUCUAAUACACUCUCGUGCCACUAAAUCAUACUUUGCUUGUUUGAGAAAAUCACCAUUUCCAUUUUGUAUUAAAAUGCUUGAGAGCGUAUGUGUACCUAAGGCGAGACGAAUAAUGAAAGUCGUCCGACUAAGAAUAAAAUCAGUAGAACACAUCUUGAGAAAAACUGAUAAUCUUAAAAUUAUUUAUGUCGUCAGAGAUCCUAGAGCUCAGAUCCAUUCUUUAAUAAAAUCAGGACUGCUUGAUCAGAAUCGAAUAAAAGUUCACUGUCGACAGUUGUGUGAAGACAUGAUGUCUGACUUCAACUCCACACAAGUUUUAAAAAGAGAUUAUCAUGAUAAUAUAAUUAUGGUGAAGUAUGAAGCUCUCGUAAAAAAUCCACUUCCGAAUUUUAGAAAAAUAUUUAGUUUUUCAAAUUUGCCUUUCACGGCUAAGGUAGAUAACUAUAUACGUCACCACAUGUUGGUAACCGGAACCGGAUAUGAAAGUAACUUUAACACAAAGUCGGGAAAUUCCACCCUCAUUGCAAAUAUGUGGAGGACAGCAAUUAACAAAAAACAUUUGAGUAUUAUUGAUGAAGCUUGUCAUAGGACUUACGAAACUUUUGGCUACCGACAAUUAGAUAUCAAAUCUUUGGAUACUUUGAGCAUUGAUAUCCAGAGUAAACCGUCAGAGGCAGAUCUCUUUGAUUUGUAUUAAAGUACCUUUAUGUUGAUAAACGGAGAUGUGGG